AUGGCCGGAGGUCACGGGCGUCUGUUGCUGUCGGCGCUCUGUAUGAUCCUUACGCUCGGUGGUACGUCAUCGGAGCCGGAAGCGGAACUGGCGGAUCGGCCCAAAACCGCGUACCUGGGCUGCCACAAGCGGCUGUUCACGUACCGGGUAUCGCAGACGGAUGGGAAGGGGCGUGAGUGCUGGGAUCACGUCAGCGUGCUGUCCUGCUGGGGUCGCUGCGACUCGAACGAAAUCUCCGACUGGCGGUUCCCGUACAAACGGUCCCACCAUCCGGUGUGUGUGCACGCCGGACGGACGAAAGCGGUAGCGCUGCUGCGCCAUUGCCAUCCGGAUGCGGAUCUAGCGGCACGCCAGUACGAGUACAUGGAGCCGAAAUCUUGCAACUGCCAGACCUGCUCCAGUACGGACACGAGCUGUGAAGGACCUAAACAACUCAACACGGAAGCAGUGACAAAGAUAUUUCAAAUCGAUGAAGAAGACACGGAACCGGAAUAUCCUUAA